ACUCACGUGACUUCCGGUUUACUUCCGGGUGCGCUCUCGCUCAGAAAAAAAACUGAGAUUAAAUAAUAAAACUUCACAAUUACACAAUGAAGAUCGUCACAUGGAACAUAAACGGUAUAAGAACGUUUCGAAGUGGCAUUAAAAAAGCACUGGACUCACUAGAUGCAGAUAUCAUUUGCGUUCAGGAAACAAAGGUUACGAGAGACCUGCUCGACGAAAGAACAGCGAUUGUGGAUGGAUACAGCUCCUUUUUCAGCUACAGUCGAGGGCGGAGCGGGUAUUCAGGCGUCGCCACUUACUGUAAAGACCGGGCCACUCCAUGUGCAGCAGAGGAGGGGCUCACGGGGCUCCUGACGAGCCACGAUGGAGCCGUGGGAUGUUAUGGAGAUCAAACAGGGUUUUCAAAUGAGGAGCUUCAACUUUUAGACAACGAGGGACGUGCCGUCAUUACACAGCACCAAGUCACAUCUGAAGAUGGAACUGAACUCAUCACUGUAAUAAACGUGUACUGUCCAAGAGCUGAUCCUGAAAAACCAGAGAGGAAACAGUUCAAGCUGCAGUUCUACAAACUCCUUCAGUCCAGAGCAGAAGCCAUUUUAAAGAGUGGAAGUCAUGUGAUUGUUUUGGGGGAUGUAAACACGUCUCACAGGCCGAUCGAUCACUGCGACCCCAGUGACAUCGAUGACUUUAAAGAAAACCCCGGGAGGAAAUGGCUGAACAGAUUUCUACACUGUAACCACGACGACCAAGACGGAGGCGACGAGGACCUGGAUGAAGAACAGGAAGCUCCUGAGACUCACUCUGAGGGAGGAAAGUUUGUGGACAUGUUUCGUUUCUUCCACCCGACCCGCCUCAAUGCGUUCACGUGUUGGUCAACGAUGACGGGCGCCAGGCAGACCAACUACGGCACUCGUAUUGAUUAUAUAUUUGCUGAUUGUGAACUGGCUAAAGAGCAGUUUGUGGGAGCGGAUAUCAUGCCUGAAGUGGAGGGAUCUGACCACUGCCCGGUGUGGGGAGAACUGCGCUGCUGUCUCCUCCCUAGUCCCAAGCCUCCCCCGUUCUGCACACAGUACCUCCCAGAGUUUACCGGAAAACAGCAGAAGCUCUCUCGCUUUCUGGUGAAGAUGGAUCAGAAGAUGCCUCAGUCGGACGGUAAGGCGGAGUUACCUGGUUCUCAAGAAGAGGACGAGAAGAGAGAGAAUUUAAACCCAAGAGGUCAAAAGCGGCCCGCAGAUUCAGCUCUUCCAAAAGCGAAAAAAAACAAGAUUACAAAGCCUCAUGGAAACCUGCUCGCGUUUUUCAAACCCAAGACUGCUAAUGUUGUUUCUCCUGUUGAACCUACUGAUAAGCAAAGUGAAAAUAAUCUCAAUCAGGACGAGGUGAACUCAACCCCGAACCCGCCGGUCACACACAGGGUCACAGAUACCGCAGGAGUGUGCCCCAGCCGUGAGUCGGAGGAAGACAAACACAACGUCAGAGCAGACGGUUUAACCUCGCACGCUCCGACUCACGCCUCAGAUUCCAAAAAAGGCUCAGUGUUUUGGAAGUCCGUGCUGAAGGGUCCUCCACCCGCUCCGUGCUGUAAGGUCCAUGGGGAGCCGUGUGUCCUCCGCACCGUGAAGAAGGAGGGGCCAAACGUGGGCAAACAGUUUUUUGUGUGCGCCCGUCCUCAGGGCCACGCCUCCAACCCCGAGGCGCGCUGUAACUUCUUCUCCUGGGUUGAGAAGGGAAAAUGAAGCGCUGCACAUAAAUAAAUACUGUCGUUUAUCAGCAGAAUUUCAGAUUUUUGAAUGUGAUGACGUCUUACUCCCAGGUGGGGGCAGACUUCCCUGUUGAUUACGUUGUGCUUUGCCACGAAAAAUCCAAAAUGUAAAUUCACACAUACUGAACCUGAUCAUUUCUGUUAGUAACUAGACCGUAUCACAGUUUGAACGAUUUUAGCCCCAUCUGUGCUCAAUGUGACGUCAUCGGCCUGUGGAAUGUGGUGACGUCGUCUGAAACGCAGCAGUAUUACCUCACACCUCAGACACGCCGUCGAGCCCAUUGUUUAUAGUUUUCUAAAAUAAUAAAAGACAAUAUUUUUUUUAAUAUGCAGAGUCCAGUUUGGUCUGUUUGAACCGUGCGACUGUAGGAGGCUGAUGUGACUCUGCCACUAGGUGGCAGUAGGAGCAUUAUGUACCAUCGAGUAGCACAGAGGGAUAAAACAGACUUUUUCAACAGGUUUUAUUGUAUUUCCAGCUGCAGAUUGUUACCAUAACGACCACAGAAUGUGUUGCAUCUACAGCG